AUGACGUGCCCAGAUAACCGAAAUAACUCGCAGAGCACAGGAGCACAGGAGUGGGCGGCGCUAAGCUCACAGUUUAGGCCAAAUACACAGGAACAGAUGCAUGCGUUUCCGUCGUCUCGUACUACCGACCCUACGCCGCUGCAUGCGCCGAGUGGCUAUUCCGACAUGAUGCAUUGGCAGACAAUGGCGAGUCAGACAAGCGCGUUGGCAUUGGCGGAUGCAUAUGGCGCAUCCCACGGCCAGCCACAGCCUAACAAUGGGGGCAUGGAUUGGAUGAAUAGUGUCCCGUAUGUUGAUCCAAGAAAUGCGCAAUCACCGCUUCUUCCGUCGCUGUACAAUGCGCCCAUGCCGCCGUUCGCUAUGGCCAACGCAACCACGGCACAGCUUACGCAGCAGUUGAGUGCGCUCCAGCUUCAAAACCAGCAGAGUGAACAUCUGGUUUUACAAGAGCAGCAGAGACUGCUUUCGGAAAUCCAGGCAGCACAGGAACUCCAAGCCAUGUUGGCUCAGCACCAGGAGGCGCCGCAGAAGCUGAUGAGCACCGCCUUGGAGACCGCAUCUGAUUCUAAAGUAAAGCGCGGUGGCGCUACGGAACAUUUACACAAUGUUAGCCAGUCUGUGCAGCGCGAAACGCCAGACGCGUCUUUUCGGCGCUCGCGGCCGAUAUCUUACGGGAAUCGCGAUAGCACUGGGUCAGCGGGCCAGCGCUUGUCGGGUCUGUACAAGAACGAGCGGACCGUGCCGCCACAGACGCUGGAUCGUGCACGUAACACGACGCCAUCCAUUGUAAUUAACCAGGACGCAAAAGCGGCCGGCCCCUCGCAGGCUGAUGUCAAUGCCGUCGGCAUGCGGAUCGGCCCCAUAAUUACAAACAGCGCAGAGGAACACGAGUACCGCCCCGAAAAAGACAAGAAACGCCAGUCGCUCUCUGACAAGGCCCGCGCGAACGAGUCCCCGGCGCAUCCACCGCGGUCGACGAGCCCUGCACCGACGCUGCUUCAGCCGCGACGACAGCCACGUGGUCCGCCUAUGGAGUUUUUUUUUGCCAACAACUUUUUGGCGCGCCGCUCGCUUCGGACGCGCCGCGAAGCCAUGUCGAAAUUGUGCGCGAGUCCACGAGCGUCAAGUCUGAGCAGACUGCGCGGUGUGGGAGUUCAGUCUCCUUCCCUGGCGCGCGAGACGUGA